CGCUGUUCUCAACGUUAGAUUCGAAUGGCGUAGAUGACUCUGUCAUGCUCUCAUGAUUUACUUCUUGAAAAGUCGGACGCUGUGUUGGAUCACCAACAGCUCCAUGUUGUUCCAGAAUCUUUCUGUUGCUUUCACUCAAAUCAGCUACAUCUUGAAUGCUUGCAUUGAGAGCGUAAAGAGCUUUUUGCCCUGUGCUCCACUUCAGAUGGAUAUGGCAUUGGCCAUCUUCUUCUUUGACAAUCUGCCACAUACGAACACAACCAUCACUAUAUCCUGCCACCAGAAAAUAAUCUUCUUUGGAAACACCCCAUUCAAGAGCCUGAAUAUAUCCGCCUGCAAAUGGAAUAUCAGCCAAGCACUGGGCUGAUUCUGAGUCCCACAGUCGUGCCGCCCUGUCCUUACUAGCUGAGGCAAUGUACUGGCCAUCGCAAGAAUAAGAUAUGGCGACUAUAUUGUCGGUGUGCCCUUGAAGCGUAUGCAACACAGUCCGAUGGCAUCAUGUACGAGCCGAAAAGAAUCAAAUACCGCCCUGGAUGCGUUAUUGAGGUUAUUUACAAGCAACCACUCUCUGAAUCCUUGAAUGAAAUUGUCGAAGACCUGGGUAUCAAGGACGAAGAAUUCUCUUCAGGACAUAUUCCUUCUGCGCCACCUCGUUUUGGUCCUCCCACAAGAAAACUCACUUUUCAAGUCAAGCAAGAUAUGACGUCUCUGAUGAAUACACUCAUUGAAACUGUAGUUGAAAAAAACCGCCAAGGAAAGGCUUUAGAUACAUCGAUGAUUCAGUCUCUCAUAGAAUCAAAUCUUCCUGCCGAUUAUGGACACCUCAGGAGCAAUCCUGCGGUUACUCGUUCCGCACAAGCAGGUAGACCUAUAAAUUCCGGAUUUGAGAAUGCAGUUAUGCGCAAGUUGGAUGGGAUUCAAGCGCUUGCUAUUGAGAUUUUUGAGCUCCAAAGACAGAUGAAUGAUCGGCUGAUUCUGAUUGACCGCAAGACGGAGGCUAUCUUGACCAUGAACUACGAAUUGCUUGAGUAUACUAUCCCGAGAUUGUUUAUCGUAUUACCAGAUUACACAAGUGACACAAGUGAUUGGGACCCAGCCAACAAACUACGCACCAGAUUUCGCUUGCAUUUUAUUUGCGAGUGUGGAGAGCACACUCAAGUACCUGGUAACAAAGAUCCGCCGCACUACCCUCACCUUGCUCGUCAUGAAGGAUACAUCAUCAACAGACCGACAGAAUUCUUUAAAAAGUAUGGGCCUUACGUGCUGGUGAUGCUCGAGAUGCUUAAGGCGGGAACAACAUUUGGGGGAUGUGUGCUGCCAGCGCUAAGCAGUUUAAAAAUCGUAGAAACUCUCAGUAUUGCACAGCUCGGUAUCAACUCGAUCAAUCUCAAAACCAUCGAAGGGGUUGACUACUCUCUGGCAUUUCUGGAAGAAAAUCGCACUCGAUACCGAAAGUUAGGUCUAGAAGAUUUGCAUACGAGAAACCUAGCAGCUGAAAGUACAUCGCGUUAUGAGCUCGCUGCAUAUUUGGCCGGAGUUGAUGGAGCAGAAGGAGUGGACUUGCGGCAGCUGAGCUCUUAUUUGGCAAUGAAUGAUACAGGGAACUUGUAUGGGAAUUUGUUUCGUGUUGUAGCCGAAAAUGGUCAUGUCAAAUGGGUUUGUCGCGAACACUUCGACACUAUGCAGGAACAGUCCUGCAUCCGAAAAGUCAACGAGGCGAUUAAAACAGGUGUAUUUGAUGUCCAACUUGGUAGAAUUGAAAUGUCUUUAAAAUCCGCGAUUGAAGCUUUAGAGAUCUAUCAAGCCAUUGGUAAAAUCAAGAGACUUCACGAACUUGAUUUAAUAUUGCAAUGGGACCAAGAAUAUUUACACCUUGUCAGACUGAAGGAUGCAAUCUCGAAAGCGAAAAUCAAGGCGGUCAAAUUGACCUUGCUACAAUCAUCAAAAGCGUCGGAUACCAACAUCGAAAGGCCUAAUCAACAAUUAUAUAACCCUCUUUUCGAGAUUAUGCAGCUCUCUUCUACCCAAUCUUUUGAAAUCAACCAAGUCCCCAAGGAUUUCCUUAAACAGUCCAGUCCGAUGGAGGUCGAUUUGCCGCAUUUGAAGCAUUUAAGCAUUAUUGGUUCAUGGGCAGUGGAUAGGAAAAGGAGAAGACAAGAUAUGGACAAAGAUAUUGAAAAACUUAAAGCGCUGGUCAAAAAUGCAACAAAGCUCUCUAGCUUAUCCUUAAACGUAUCAAUUGAACGAUUACCUAAAGUCUUCAAUGCGCUUUCUCAAUAUCAGUCCUGCCUCGUUAAUUUUGUCAACCUUGGCCUCCGUGUGUUGCCAUCAAUGAACGACGAAUGUAUUCAAAAUAGUACUACUAUCUUAGAUCUUACACAACUGUUUCAGCUACAUGGUGCGCAGUUGGAGACACUGGAUCUUCGUAAUCUUCGACUGGAAGGUGUUGUGGUGGAGGCUAUAGUCAAGGCGACAGAGAGGGUUUCGAGGCUGAAGGAGCUGUACUGGCCCAACCGGAGCCAGUACCUUGACGACCAAUAUAUCAAGAACCUCGUUACAAUUGCUGUUCAGUCCGAUUGACGUCUUUUGCAUAUUGAAAUGAAUAAUGUUGACACACAGGUACGAUUACUGCAGUCGAUUCCAUGGAAGCGUAUGCGCGAAUUAAGGAUUGAGGAUGUUAAUGAUGGCUUCAUGCCUGCUGACGUUUGGAAGGCAAUAAGGACUGAGAAAACUAUGCUGACGGCAUUAAUAAAUGGUAUGAAGGGAGCAGCAGAGAGGCCUGAAUUGAAAUGCUUUAGGUAUACUGCAAAGAAGCUCUAUGCGGAUGGGCGACGAUUACUUGGUCAUAUCCUUUCCAUGGUAUCAUUCAAACGCCUUGAUUUAAGGAUGGGAUUGACUUGCGAUCAGGUAGUUGAACUAUUCCGCUCGAUGGACA